AUGUUUGGCAGCCUCUUGGACUUGCCCCCGCCGCUGCGGCGCCUCCUAUGGUGGGGCUUCCUGAUAACAUUGCCCUUCCACUUCGCUCCUUUCCUCAAUGGGUUGAUCGAAGGCGUCAUUUACUCCAAUUUCCUCACCGAGACCUACUUCGCAUCUCUAGACCACUUUUCGUUCAAUGUCCAGACCGCGCAAUGGGCUGACCCGUGGUCUGACCCGUCCUCAGUGAUCGGCCACGAGCCCUUCUACGUCGUCCAACUGCACGAUCCUCAACGCUGGUGGGAGAAACUCGGCCUCAAACGUUUCGACAUAGACAUCACUGACGACGUCGCCAUGGCCAACAUUCCCAUCGACUCAUUUGCCAGCCUCGAGGCGUUGUACCGCAGAGCACCGAAGCAGGAACAGGCCCAGCCGUGGCACCACUUUAUCUACGCUUCUCCCAGCGUGAUUCACAUAGAAGAUAUUUGGCUCGACAAGUGGGACCGUGCAUUCAAUGAGCUUCUGCAGUAUCAUUACGCCAACCCAACGCCGACCGGCGCGGGUUUCCACUACUUGUCCUGCUGGAGGAGCUUUCUUUGUGAUAUCUGGGCUACACGGGGACCGGCGCUGCUGCAUUUCACCACCGAGUCACCAGAUCCAUCCAAUAAGUUGGACGAACUAAACCAGAGGCAGCAGAUCCCAGGUUACCUCCCCGUAGUGGUCCGGAUCAUAGAGUUCCCAUUAACGGAGCCUGAUAAGCUUGGGUUGCCACCGAGCCAGUUCCCCAGCCAUUUCAACCAGUUGCGCAGCGUAACUUCACAGCCGCAAAUGUGGCAACUCUAUAAGCCGUUCAACAAAAUGGCCCAGGUUAUGAAACGCCUUGCCGACAGGUGCAGCAAAGCAGAGAAGAAAUACGCGCAGACGUAUGGGCGACUCUAUAAGUUGGAGAUUUGGAUUCAAAACAUGCUCGGCCUCGAGAGCUCGCCCUGGCCUGGGCUUGCACGCAUCCCCGCAAUCGCCCUAUCUUCUGGCGUAAGCCAGGUCCUGGGCCGAGCCUGGGAGUUUGUCGAGCCACAGGCCAGGGCACUGCACAAGCGGUAUUGGGACAAGAAGAAGAACCAAGAGCCUCUCGAGCGGCUAGACGAAAGAACGAAGUGGAAGCGGGAUGAUGAUGAAGAGACGAGGGGGAAGCGGGAUGGUGAUGAAGAGACGAGGUGGAAGCGGGCCGGAUGA